GUGCACGCGCCUGGGGCGCGGAGGCGAACGGGCGCUGGGGAGGUGCGUGUGAGGCCGGCGCCUUUCAGGACCCGCCGUGCGCUGCGCAUGCGUGCUGAGUGGGGCGAAGAGCCGGCCCAGAGUGCUCGGAGUGGCGCCCGCGCCUGAGGAGUAGAGCAGAAUCUGCCGCAGGCCCGGGGCAGGCCGGUGAUCGGGAUAGGCCGUUCAUCGCGAUAGGCCGUUCAUCGCGGCCCGCGGUAGGCUGUCCGUGCGCGGGUCCCGCCGCCCGCCGGCUCCCGGCGCCCGCCAGCUCCCGCCGCCAGGCCUCCCGAGACAGGUCUGCAGGUGCGUCUGCGGGGAGGCCGGGGGAGGCACAAGGAACUACCAGGAUGAAGCUGGUGAGGAAAGACCUGGAGAAGGACAAUGCGGGGCAGGUGACGCUGAUCCCCGAGGAGCCCGAGGACAUGUGGCAUACCUACAAUCUGCUGCAGGUGGGUGACAGCCUGCGGGCCUCCACCAUCCGGAAAGUGCAGACCGAAUCGGCCACGGGCAGCGUGGGCAGCAACCGCAUCCGCACUACCCUCACCCUCUGCGUGGAGGCCAUCGACUUCGACUCACAGGCCUGCCAGCUGAGAGUGAAGGGCACUAACAUCCAAGAGAAUGAGUACGUCAAGAUGGGGGCCUACCAUACCAUCGAGCUGGAGCCCAACCGGCAGUUCACGCUGGCCAAGAAGCAGUGGGACAGCGUGGUGCUGGAGCGCAUCGAGCAGGCCUGUGACCCGGCCUGGAGUGCCGAUGUGGCAGCCGUGGUCAUGCAGGAAGGGCUGGCUCACGUCUGCUUGGUCACUCCAAGCAUGACGCUUACCCGUGCCAAGGUGGAGGUGAACAUCCCCCGCAAGCGGAAAGGGAACUGCAGUCAGCAUGACCGGGCCCUGGAGAGAUUUUAUGAGCAGGUGGUACAAGCCAUCCAGCGGCAUAUCAACUUUGAGGUGGUGAAGUGUGUACUGGUGGCUAGCCCAGGCUUCGUACGGGAGCAGUUCUGCGACUACAUGUUCCAGCAGGCGGUCAAGACUGACAAUAAGCUGCUUCUGGAGAACAGGUCCAAAUUCCUACAGGUCCACUCGUCCUCUGGACAUAAAUAUGCAUUGAAGGAAGCCCUCUGCGACCCAGCUGUAACUAGCCGUCUCUCUGACACUAAGGCAGCUGGUGAGGUCAAAGCCUUAGAUGACUUCUACAAAAUGCUGCAGCAUGAGCCUGACCGGGCUUUUUAUGGUCUGAAGCAUGUAGAGAAGGCCAAUGAAGCCAUGGCCAUUGAUACCUUGCUGAUCAGCGAUGAGCUUUUCCGGCACCAGGAUGUGGCUACACGUGCCCGAUAUGUUAAGUUGGUAGAUAGUGUACGGGAGAACAUGGGCACAGUACGCAUUUUCUCCAGCCUGCAUGUGUCUGGAGAGCAGCUUGGCCAACUGACAGGAGUGGCAGCCAUCCUGCGCUUUCCUGUUGCUGAGCUCUCUGACCAGGAAGACGAAUCUAGCUCUGAAGAGGAUUGAUAACGGUGACUUCAUUCCACAGUUUCUUUUCCAAGUCAUGUUGAAAUGACAUUAAAGGCCCUCCCUUCCUAAGUACAGUGUGCAGGUGUGCUGUGACUUGUAAUUUAAUUUUUUCAUAGUAUUUCUUACAGUAUAUAGCUCUGCUCAGCACACUAAUGGAUGUCUGUUCUAUGGUAAUGGUUAUUGGUGUACUGUGCGUUGGAGGUGACUGGUUUUGCAAGUUACACCCUGGACCUCCAGCAGUAGAAGAAACUGAUUUGACUCCCCAAAGGGGCUCACUCUGCACGUUAAGGCAGACUGACAGCCUAGUGUUUUGGAAAAUGUAUGAAAAGAUAAUAAACUAAGAGGGAGAAAAUUGUGUCAGACUGUCAGUUUCUGUCCAAAUGCUUGAAAAGAGUAUUGCAGAACAAAUGUAAGCUUCUUUAUGCAAGACCUGACAAAACUGUGCUUGAUCUUAGGAACUCACCAUUCUUCCUAUGACAUGGCAAAGGAGUGAGUUCAAAAUCAUCUCUUAGGGGUUUUUGUGGUGUUAUGAGUCUUACCACUUAAAUAUUUCUGAGUAACACUUGAAGCAAUCUUUCAGAAACAAGACCUUUUAAAUUAACCAUUGCCUCCCUAAUUUGAUAGUCGAUGCGAGACAAAUUGUGAAGCUCACUGCACCCUUUUCUGUUUCUUUUUGAAUGCUGUUAUAUUGUGAGACUGUCCUGAAAACUAACAAGGUAUGAUGCAUCUUGUCAUUGACUGUAUUCUGAUAAGUUGACAUGGGGAUUAUUUCGCGCACAGUUUUGAGAAGAUGUGUGAAAAGGCUUGCAAAAUCAGGACCCAGGCUUCCAUAAGGAAUCUUUUGACAACAAAUAGUUUAAAUAAGUUCAUAGUCUGGUAUUUUUCUCCUUGUAUACCCCUUUAAAAAAUACAUAAGUUGUGAUACAGAAGUAAAUAUUACAAAUUUCUAAAUCAAGCUUCAGCUUGAGAUAAUGAGAACUGUAAAAAUAAAAAUUGCUAUUCCAAUUAGUUGCUCUGCCUCAAGUUUUGAGAGCCACUAUUUUCUUUCUUCACUGAGCAAUAAAUAUUAAGCUGAGGAAGGAGAAACUGCUUUCAAAUUCUGACAUACGUGUGAGGGGAUUGUUCGAUUUAAACCAAUUUUUGAUGGUGUAGGUUGUGCGUGUAAAUAAGCAUUCCUUUUUUUUUUUAAUGUGAUGGGGGGGGAACAAGAGAGACUUGCUGAAGAUAAAUUUUAUUUAAGAAAGCUGUAGAAGACUUCUGAAAUACAGAAAGGCACAUAACAGUGGAAUAUUAAAAAUAAAAACACCAAAGCGUUUAGUCUGAGUAGUAUAAUUUUAGCAAAAGCAUUUUUAAUGGUACUAACAUAUGUUGAUGGAUGCCAGAUCUAUGAAUUUGAUAUUAUCUACUGCUAGCUGAAUCAUCAGCCUAAACUUGAUUGAGAAGUUGAUUUAAAAAGCCAUCUCCCCUUUUCCCAUCAUCCAAACAGCCUAAGGAAUGUAUGAACAGAACUUACGUUAGAACCGUACUGUAUUAACACUAAUUCUUCUCUCACUGAAGACAAGCUCAUUAAGACAAUUGUUUAGAGUCACAUUGCACAGAUAAACUAUGUUAUUUGAGCAUUUUUGUCUUGAGUGGUGUUGAGUGCCAUAAGUUACAGAAUGCUGAGGUAAACUUCCUUCAAUAGUUAGGACUGGUUAAAUUAGAACUUCUUUUUUUUUUUUUCUUUUAAAAUUGUGCCAAAGAUUAUUAUAUACCUUUCCAGCUACACAGCACCCUGAUUUCUGCCAUAUAUGGAGUUAAAUGUAAGGAACAUAUGAAACAAGCAGAAGACUCUGACCUUCAAUAAGUGUCACUUAUAUGCUGCAAAUUCAGGCUUUAAACAGGCUCAUAAUGUCUAAACAAUGUCGUUAAUUUCUUUAAGAUAAGCUGGUAUAUUUGUAUUUUAGUUCUUAUAAGUAAUGCCAGUUUGUUGCAGUUGUACAUAAGUGAUACAUGCAAAAUUGUAGUACACCACUUAGUUUAAUUCUCAGCAAACUGAGAGAUAAAACAAACUGUUCCUUGUUUGUGGGAGGGUUUUCUAUAUUAUUAGACCAAAUUGAUUCCAAUUAUUCCAUUUUGAACAAGAAAUUAUGAAGAGUUUUUAUUCUGUACUAUAAGAAGAUUAAAUUGGCAAUUCUGCAAGUCUAUGUUUCGUGCUUGUGUUAGUGUAUCACCAAGGAAAAGAAGCAGCUAUUUUGCUGCUUAUUUGGAUUUUUAAGGUAUAAAAGCAAACAUCUGGUAAGAAAAUAUGUUCAUAGUUAUUCUUUGAAUUAUUUAUACUUAGAAUGAAAAUUCUACACAGACUUUACCAUUUUUUAGUAUUUUUCUUUUUUUUAGUUAUUGCUGUCAUGGCAUUAAGUCUGAAAGAAAUACGCAUCUAGUUACCCACAGCAUGGAAAGAUACGAUUUUUUAAUUUUUUUUUUGGUAAGCAUUUUUGUCGUAAAAUAAAUAUACAAUCACUAUGUAGACAAAUGCAUCCUGUUUCAGGAAACAGCUUAAGGGCUUGGUAUUGAAAGUAGACUGCGUUCAGUAGUUGCAGAUGCUUGACCUGGCAAAGUUCCAGGGUUGCUGGUAUCUUCUAUAUUUAAAGAAAUUUUGAAUUGUUGAAAAGUCCGUGUUGAGAAAGAUGCUUGCUUAACACAGACUUUAAUGUCUGUGUGCGGAUAGUACACAGAAGAUGCAUGUCAUCUGCAGAUCAAAUGAAUAAGUAAGUGCUAGAGCCAUGGGAAUUUUUUUUUUAUCUUCUCUUUGGAACUAAACAUACAUGAGAUAAAAACUGUCUGCAGUAUGAAAAUUGUUCUCAUGCACCAUGAAGUAUUUAGUAAUUUUGAACAGUGUUUCAGUUUAGUUUCUGAUAAUGGUCUGACAUAAUUCUGUGAAUCAGUAGCAUGUUUUAUCUUCCAAUUUUCCAGUUUUCAAAAUAAAUUAAUACACACUGUAGGACUUCUUAAUAUUUGUUACAUUUGGUAGGAAGAAUGUUUUUAAAAGUAUCAUGAAAUCAGCUUGAUCCUGAAUCCUGCUGUGCUCUUUAGAGAUUCAAAUAGAUUCAUUAAUUUAGGUCAUAAAACCUCACUUGCAAACUCUUACUUUGGAGCAGACUUCAGUUUGUUAGUUCUGUCACUUUUGCCAUUUAAAUCCAGUUAUUAUUAUAUAAUUUUUUUGUGAUUGUUUAGCAAAUAAAGUUUGGUGCAAAAUAUGAAGCCACCACCAGCAAGAGACAAAAUAAUCCUGCUAGUUGUAAAGCAAAAUAAAAGACAGCCUUUCAGUGAAGCUGUAAACCAUUUAACAGUAUUUGACCUACGGAAUUCCUCAUCUCCCUCUUCCUGUCUUCAUCCUUGUACACUAUGUGAGUAAAAUACUGGGAACAAAUGAUCUGACCAUCAGUGUAACAAGAGACCAUAGCUCUUCAUCUUCAUUUGCUAUCCAACAAGCGUGAUGUUUUUAAAGUCAUGUAAAUGUCUGAAAUAAUUUUCAUAUGCUACUAUUCUCUCUAAGGUUAAGUAGCACUGAAUAUUAAAAGUGUCUUACCCUUUGAAAAUAUCUUAGUUUAACUUUUGAGUUGCUGACCAUGGUUUGCAGGGUUUUUGUGAAGGUAUAUUAUAGCUACCUUUGACUGAUUAAUACUUUGAGCCUCUGUAAUUUCUUUCUGGAAGCUGCGUGAUCCAUCCAGAAGAUGUGCUCAAUUUCAUAAAGGCAAAGUGGGGAUAGAAGGUGUAAUCAUGUGCAUGUGAUCUCUUUUAGUCACCCUGUCCAUUCACUUUUCUCUCAGAUUUUCAUAUCUCUAUUUUUAAAGAAAACAGGCCUGUUUUGUAAAGUAAUAAAUGUCUAGUUUUGCAGGAAAAAAAGCAUGUUCUCAUAAUGUUAAUAAAUGUUCAUGAACCACA